UGACUCCAAGCCGCUACUCGACGCCCACACUGCCAUUUGCUCCGCUUCCGCCCGCAAUCGAUCUUGUCCUUCUCCAAGGUCAAAAUUUUCAGCUCCCGAAUCCGUCCUCGCUCUGUUAUCCUCAUCCGCACGCGUCUCCAUUCAGUGUUUUCCGAUCCAUCCCUCGCCCCGCUGUCUUCCCCUCGCUAACCCUUCUAUUUAAGCGGCCAGAGGGCGGGCGCUGGGCAGUGCCGCGGCGGUGAAGGAUGGCGCGAGGUGUAGAGGGCAAGAUGCGCCUGGGACUCGGGGUAAUGCUUUCGGCGGUUCUGGCCGCUGGACUGGCGGGUUUCUGUCAGGGAGGAGUCACAAGUUCUUUCGUUAGGAAGGCCGAGAAGACCGCGGAUAUGCCAAUCGAUAGCGAUGUCUUCGCCGUCCCGCCCGGCUACAACGCGCCCCAGCAGGUGCAUAUUACCCAAGGGAAUCAUGAAGGCUCGGCGAUGAUCAUCUCAUGGGUGACCGAGGACGAACCCGGCUCCAGUGAUGUUCUCUAUGGGACUCACAAGGAUAAGCUGAACAAUUCUGCUACUGGAAAACACACUCGUUACUCAUUCUUCAACUACACCUCAGGGUACAUCCAUCAUUGCACUCUUCGCCGCUUGAAGCAUGAUACUACUUACUACUAUGCUGUUGGGAUCGACCAUACUGUUCGAACAUUUUGGUUCACUACCCCACCAAAAGUUGGCCUAGAUGUUCCCUACACUUUUGGGCUUAUUGGCGAUCUUGGACAAAGCUAUGACUCAAACAUUACUCUGAGUCAUUAUGAAUCGAACCCAAAAGCACAGGCAGUGUUGUUUGUAGGUGAUCUUUCGUAUGCUGAUAACUACCCGAACCAUGACAAUGCCAGAUGGGAUACAUGGGGCAGGUUUGUCGAGAGAAGCGCUGCCUAUCAACCAUGGAUUUGGACAGCCGGAAACCAUGAGAUUGACUUUGCUCCUGAAAUUGGUGAAAUUCAGCCAUUUAAACCAUUCAGACAUCGAUAUCAUGUUCCUUACAAAGCUUCAGGCAGCACUGCCCCUUUCUGGUACUCGAUUAAACACGGUUCGGCAUACAUAAUUGUUUUGGCAUCCUAUUCUGCAUAUGGAAAAUACACCCCUCAGUACAAGUGGCUCGAAGAAGAGCUACCGAAGGUAGAUAGAAGUGAGACACCAUGGUUGAUUGUCCUAAUGCACUCGCCAUGGUACAACAGCUACAACUAUCACUAUAUGGAAGGGGAAACCAUGAGAGUCAUGUAUGAGCCGUGGCUUGUGCAACACAAAGUCGAUGCGGUUUUCGCUGGCCAUGUUCAUGCUUACGAACGCAGUCAUAGGAUAUCAAAUAUAGCUUACAAUAUAGUGAAUGGCAAAUGCCAACCAGUGGAGGAUGAAUCUGCUCCUGUAUAUAUCACCAUUGGCGAUGGUGGAAAUCUUGAAGGCCUUGCAACCAAUAUGACAGAGCCACAACCGAGCUACUCAGCUUUCAGAGAAGCAAGCUUUGGCCACGCCAUCUUUGAGAUCAAGAAUCGAACGCAUGCCUACUACGCUUGGCAUCGAAAUCAGGAUGGUUAUUCGAGGGUUGCUGAUUCGAUGUGGUUCCACAACAGGUGCUGGAGAUCUCCAAAUGAGAACCAAUGUUGAUGUUCAACCUUCAUUGUAGCUAAUAAAUGCCUGCCUAAACGAUACACAGGCUAAUAACCUCGUGCGUGAAACGAUACGAGAAGCCCCAGCUCGAAUGUGUACUACCAAUCAGUCUUCAUUUGUUCAUGAUUGUUGGUGAUGCAGUUUGCUGUAGAGUAUUCUUGUGUUAGUAUGUAAUCAUGUAUCUUCGAUGACAGUUGUUGCCCAUUUGCUCAAAUAAAAGUUGCACCAUCAAGUUUAAUGCGUC